UGCCCACCCAGGCUGGCCUUCUGAAGGCGCCAUGCAGCCUCUACGACCCUCGGGUGUCUGAGCUCUCGUCUCUCCUCGACGCCUCGCACUUCUUCCCAGCGCCGCCCUUUGCCUCCCCCUCCCUCCUCCCCACGCUCCUCUCUCUCGGCCUGCGUACCACAGCCGACCGACACGCCCUGCUCGCCUCUGCCCGCUCGAUCGAAGCGGCCUGCAGGGGUGGGGGUGGUGAGGGGCGGAGGGUGGCUGGGGGGGAUCAGGAGACCCGAGAGGCAGGGAGAGGAGGGAGGGAGGGAGAAGGUAGGGAGGCGUGGGAUUCAGCAGGAAGGGAUGGUGGUUUCGAUCCGUCUGCUAGGCCCGGGGAGGUUUUGGCUCGGGCGCGUGCCUUGCUGGCGCAUCUGGAUGCGCGACAGGUGGCGGAAGAUCAGUGGAGCAGGCUUGGAGGGGGGAGGGGAGGAGGAGAGGGAGGGGAGCGCAAUGAUGGUGGUGGUGGUGGUGGUGAUGAUGGGUUCUUGGAAGGCGGUGAUUGGUCGAGAUUGGGCGGCAUGGGCGGCAUGGGUGGAAUGGACGGCAUGGGUGGCUUUGCCAGCCGGAGGUUUAGUGGUGGUGAUGGGGAUGCGGCUGUGGGGAAGCUUGGGGGGGGAGAUGCGGAGAGGGGUAUGGGCAUCGGUGUUACUGCUGGAAGCAGCAGCCUGGUUGUUGGCAAUAGUGAUGAUGGCAGUGGUGAGGAGGAUGACAUUCCAGAGGAUGUGUUCUGGGAGGAGCUUAAGAAGAUCAUAUGGUGCCCCGUGCUGCAAAGACCACCUGAUUCUGCUACAGAAGCUGCUGCUGCUCCUCUUUCUACCAGUAAUUACAGCACCACCACUGCGAUCAGCAGCAGCAGCAGCACCAGCAGCAGCAGCAGAAACAGCUGCAUCCAGCCGCCCUGGAAGGGUAGCCCCUCGGGCUUCAUGCCGCCCUCCGCCAUCCGCUUGCAGGACGACAUCUGGGUGGUGGGCGGCAGCAUGUGCAUUCUGGGCGGCGAAGUGCGAUCUGACAGCCUGGCGCGCAAGCUGGGGUGGCGGGACGCCCCUCCUGUCGAGGCUUUGGUGUCACAGCUGCUGGCGCUGGCGGCUCUGCAUGGGUGUGCUGUUGAGGAGAGGAGGGGGCGGGAGGAGAGAGGGGAGGAGAGAGGGGAGAGGAGAGGGGGGACGGGGAAGCGGGGAGAGAGGCGGAGCAGGAGGGGUGGGAAGGAGGAGGGGAGGAGAGGGGAUGCGGACGGAAGGGGGGAAGCUGGGUUGAGUUCGGGAGAAGGACAAGCAGGAGAUUUGAAGAGAGUUGAUGAUGAGAAUGAGUGGGAGAAGCAGAAGAGGGAGGAGGGAGAGGAUACAGAAAAGGGAGGAGGAGGGGAGGAGGAAGGGGAGGAGGAGGAAGAGGAGGAGGAUGAGGUGACUGACCUGGAACGGACCUUAUCCAAAGAGGUUCCCAGAAUCUAUGCAUAUCUCGAGCAGCACAUGGGCUCUCCGUCCUUUUCUGCCGCCCGGACCUCCUUCCAAUCAGUCGCCUGCAUUUGGGUCGGCGACACCUUCAUCGCACCUUCCUCCCUCGCCUUUGACUCGCCCGCCCACUUCCACCCUUACCUCCACGUCGUGCCGACAGAAGCCGCCCGGUUCCGCACCCUGCUGACGUCACUGGGCGUCAGGGAGACGUUUCAGGUGGGGGAUUACGCCCAGGCGUUGGCCCACCUGAAAAGAGACCUGGAGUGGCGGGACAAGAGGCUUGGCAGAGGCUCGGGAGAGGCUCGGGGAGGCGCGGGAGGGGGAGGAGGGGGAGGGGGAGGGGGAGGAGCAAGAGAGGGAGUUUUAUCUCCGGAUCAGUUCUCUUUUGUGCUGAGGGUGUUGGAAGCAAUAGUGGAUGCUCUGCCGCCGGGUGGCGAGCCGCCAUUGGCCGGAACGGUGCUCGUGCCCGAGGCUAGUGGGGGGCUGGUGGCGGCUCGAGAGCUCAUUUUCAACGAUGCCGCGUGGCUCUCAGCUAAAGCCACCAUGGACGGCCGGAGUCGCUUUGUGCAUCCCGAUGUGCCGCACGCCAUGGCGGAGCGACUCGGCUCGCGGUCCUUGAGAGGGCUUUCGUUGGAUGGGCCCUCUGCUGCUACCUCCCUGCCAUGUUUGCCAGCUGUGGUCAUAUCUGAGCUGCUAGAGGGCUGGGCGGCGGACAGCCACCUGCUGCUGUUCGACCUGCUAGAAGUGGCGGAUGCAUGCGGUGCACGGGGUGUGGAGUUCAUGUGGGACCAGCGGCACCACCCGGAGAUCUCCUUACUGCAGCCAAACCUGGGUCAAUUCCAGGGCCCUUCUCUGACCAUCCUUUUCCACGGCGCCCAGCUCACCUCCGAAGACAUCUGCCACCUCCACACGCCUCCCCCCAUCCGCCUGCGGGACGCCACGUGUCGCUAUGGGACUGGUCUGUUGGGCGCGUACCACCUCUCGGACCUCCCCUUCAUAGUUGCUGGGAACUUCCUCUAUGCGUUCGACCCCUCGGGCCACCACCUGUUCUCCGGCUCCGCUGCUGGUCCGCCUGUGUCCUCGUCUUCGAGGGGGUCGCCUGGUGGGUCGAGGAGGAGAGGUGGUGGAGGGGACGACAUGGCUGCUCCUGUUGCCCGAGCGUUUUCGCUCAAAGGCUCGGGCACUUCAAGCUUCAUCAACCGCUUUCCGGACCAGUUCCAGCCGCUCACCUUCCCCCCUCUCUCCUCCUCCACCUCCACCCCCUCUUCUCUCUCCUCCUCCCGCUCCUCCUCCUCCUCUCCCCUCACCUCCUCCUCCUCCUCUACUUGGGAUGACACCACGGUCUUGCGCCUGCCCCUGCGCACGCAGCAGCAGGCAGACUCCAGCCCAAUCAGGAGAGGCCACGUGGCGGGGCCUGGGGAUAUCGUCCUGAUGGCGCAGCUGCUGCAGCAGCACGGGGCGGCGUCGCUUGUCUUUCUCACCUCGGUGGAGACGGUGUCGUUCUCUGUGUGGCCAGCUGAUGCUGCCCAACCAGAGGAGUUCUUCCAUGCACAGAUCCGAGCAGGUAUGAGCACUCUCCGAGCGCCCUUCCAAGACCGUAAAGUCCGCAAGCAGGGCUUUCUCUCCAGCCUGUUUGUCCCCGGGGGCAGCAGCAGCAGCAGCGGCUCCAAGGCGUUCACUCUUGACAUUCUCACCAAGUCCCAGUCCCUGGCACCGCUGCUGCUGCUGGGUAGCAGUAGAACGGGGGAGGACGGGGAGACGGGCGCUGGACCAGCUGGGGAAGGGGAGGGGAGUCUGCAGAAGGGGAGGGAGAAAGACGAGGGGGAGGGGGAGGGAGUGAUGGGUAUAGAUCACGUGCAACAGAAGCAGCAGCAGAAGCGUCAGCAGAAGCAGCAGCAGCAGGGAGGGGGUGAAGGGAGGGGGGAUGCGGCAGGGCAGGGAGGUGCAGGGAGGAGGGCAUCAGGGUCAACAGACGUGGCGAUUGAUCGCUGGCUCGUGGUGCAGACUUUUGGAUCUGGCAGCUCCCUGGAUAUGGCUCGGAGCAAGAGGUACCUGUCGUUCAACCUCUCCCCAGUGGCUGGCGUGGCCACCAGAAUCCUGCGCAACGGCGAAGUCACUCCCUUCUCCACCAACCACCCCUUCUCUCCACACCUCUCCUCCUCCCCCUCCGCCCACCUCCCGCCAUCUGUCAUCCUCGCCCCCCUCCCUGUUCCCCUCAACCUGCCCCUUCCAGUGGCUCUUUUCGGCCACUUCCUUCUCCUCCGCAACCCCGGGUCUCCCCGCUCUCUCUUCCUCUCCUCCCCCUCCUCCUAUUCCUCCUCCGCCACCUCAGCAUCCGCUGUUGAUGUGGGACCAGGCGCCACGUCAGCAGGUGCCACGUCACCGAUGGACGCGCUGAUGCAGGCGUGGAACGAGGAGCUGCUGACAGGUGUCAGGGAGGCGUACAUUGAUUUGCUGCUUGAAAUGCAGCGAAUCAGAAUAGGAGAAUCACAGCUCGUGUCUGUAUCCGGAGUGUCUGGAGUGUUGGGUGGUGUUUCUCAGCCUCAGGGGCUCAGAAGCAGCAGCAACCGGCAGCAGCAUUAUCAGCAGCAGCAGCCGCAGCAGAGAGGGGCGUUGUUUCCUGCUGAUCAGUUCUACUCGCUCUUCCCUCGCUCUGUGAUUGCUGCUCGUGCUGCUCUUCCCGGCACGUCUGCUGCUGCUUCCUCGUCUCACCCCACCUCGUCUCACCCCACCUCUUCUCACCCCAUCUCUUCACAUGCCACCUCCUCUCACCCUCUGUCCUCUCACCCGCUGUCCUCUCUUCCUGCCUCCUCUGAGAUUGAGGCAAAAGGGCAGCCAGCAGGAGCAGCAGCAGACACAAUCUCAACAGGAGAUGAGCUGGCUCUGCGUGAUUGGAUGGUGCGACCGAUGUAUGCCCGCCUGGCAGAGCUGCCAGUGUGGCAGCUGCACAGCGGGGCGGCCGUCCCUGUCAGCCAGGGCAUGUUCCUCGUCCCCCCCGGUAGUAUCACAUCCAAUAGCGCUAGCACCAGCAGUGCCAGCAGCACCACUAGCCUCGCUACAAGCAGCUCCGCUAUAAGCAUGUCUGUUAGUGGAGCGCCGCCGGAGGCGGUGUGUGAGUUUCUGCGGGCGCACUACCGGGUCUUCAGCGUGCCGUGGGACCUGGUGGGCGAGCUGCACGCCGCCAGCGUGGCCACACAGGCACUCACACCUGGCAUGCUCCGGUCGCUGCUGCGGGGACCCAACGCUGCUACAAGCUCUGUCUCUGUGAACACACAGGUCGACCUUUUGGAGUACUGCUGUGCCGACAUUCACCUGCCCGACCCAGCGUCCUAUCCCGCGCAGCCACCUGGCACCUCCUCAUCCGCCGGCCUGGCUGGCAGCUCUGCCACGUCAGCAGCGCCACGUGGCGGUGCAGGAUCAGCCGGAGGGGGAUUCAGCAUGAUUCCGUUGCCCAGGGAGGUGCGAGCGCUGCUGAGGGGAGGAGGGGGAGGGGGAGGGGGAGGAGGGGGAGGAGGGACAGGGGGAGGGGGAGGAGGGACAGGGGGAGGAGGGACAGCAGAGGCAUUGCUGCGAAGGCUGGAAGGUGCAAGAGCUGGGGGUUCAGGAAGGGGGGGAGCGGGGAGAGGAGGAGCAGGAGGUAGUGGUACUGCCAGCGGUGCUGGGAGUGGUGGCUUUGGCACUCGGGGAGGGUUUGCUGCUGGUGGUACUGUGAGCAGCAGUAGCAGCGGCGCAGCAGGGCAUGGGGAUGGCAAUGGCAUGCGCAGCGAUGCAGAUGUCUUGGCCGAUCUCAUGGCCCAGUUCGGCCGGUCAGUCUUUGAUUUCGGGCAGAAUGUUCUUGAGGAGCUCGAUGCUGCCCGGGCAGGUGCAACGGGCAGUGAACAAACAAAUGCAGGGCAAGUAAGAGGAGGGAGGGGAGCAGGAGGAGGAGGAGGGGAGGGAGAGGAGAGGCCUGCACUUACAGAGGAGGAGAGAAAGCGACUAGCAGCAGCAGAAGCUUCCAGGAAUGCAGCAGAAGCCAAGGUUGCAGAAAUGAAGGGUGUUCCCGUACCUACUGGUACAGUUUCCGACCCUGCAUUCCGAGCCUUCCAAUCCGAGCCUCACAGGCACGGUGGGGCAGGUGGGGGCCUGGCUAGGCUCGGGAAAGACCUCCUCAUAGUUGCCACCUGGCAGGAGCAACGGCUGCUGCCGAACCUAGCGCACAGGUUCGUACACCGAACCUGCCUGACCCGAUCCCUUCUUAAAGCCCUGUUUCUCCACCCGAGGUUCUGUGAGCUGCUGACGAUGCAGCCAUUCACGCUGCGCCACCUGGCAGACGGGCUAUCUACAGUGUUCUCCCGGCAGCAGAGGGCGGAGGCUGAAGGGGAGAUGGUGAUCGUGUGGGGCCAGGGGGAAGGCGCGGAUUUGUGUGGGGAGGAGGAGGAGGAGGAAGGGGAGGAAGGGGAGAACCAACAGCAACAGCAGCAGCAGCAGCAGCAGCAGCAGCAGCUGCAACAGAAAUCGCGACUCCCAGCUACUAUCACUACUGCCCGUGCUGCUACCAGUGCCAGCAGCAGCAGUCUGCACACCAGCUAUAGUAACUCUUCCUUGGAGCCCCUCUCACCCGAGUGGCUUCGGGCCCUCUGGUGCCUGCUAAAACGCUCCUCUCACUCUAGAGCAACCACAACCCAGGCGAAUACUGGCAGUGGUGGCAGCAGCAGCAGCGGCAGCAGGGGUCAGCAGGAGUGGGUGGAGAUCUUUGAAACCUGGCCGUUGAUUCCUGCGGUGACAAGUGGCUGGAGCGUAUUGGUCAAGGUGGCUUUCCGGGCAGCUGUUUUCUUCCCUCCAGACGCCGGCGCCCCUCCUGCCGUGCCUCUGCCGGUGGCAUCAGGGGAAGGUGGUAUGCAGGGGAGGGGGAAGGGCGGGGAAGGUAGUUCGGGGGGAGGUGGUAUGCAGGGUUCAGAAUCUGCUGCUGCAGCAGCCGGAGGUUGGGCUGAUUUUGAAGGUCAGGCUGCUGCUGCUGCUGCUGCUGCUGCUGCUGCUGCUGCUGCUGCUGGUGGCUCGUCUGCUGGGGAGGGCUCUCAAGCUGGAGCAACCAAUGGCAGGCUGCCAAGUGGCAAUACUGCCGAUACUGCUGAUUCCGCAACCAGAGGGGUUACCAGUCAGCGGACGCCGAAGCACCUGAGCGUUUCGGUUCGGCGGCUGCUGUGGAGGUUCGAGGCGCUGGAGCGGGACCACCCGUGGCUGCUCCCAGUCCUUCGGGACAGGCUCGGCAUCCCGAUCUUCGACCGGAGGUUCGUCGCAUGCUCGGAAGCUGUCCGGUGCUGCGAGGAGGCUCGGGCAGGAGGUUCGGACAACGAUCAUCGCAGCCAGCUGUCCCUGCAGCAGCUGGUGCUGUCUCGGCUGCUGGCACUGCAAACUAUGGAUCGCCUGCCUCCCCCUGCUAAUCUCUCCCUCUCUCUCACCCCGCAAGACUGCGACCAUUUGGUUUCCUUCUUUGCUGCUCAUGUCCGCUCGCCGUCCUCCUUUCUCCAAUCCAUUGCCACGAGUAUCUCUUCCUCCUCGUCUCCCUCCCCCUACACCCCUCAAGAGAUCACUCUUAUCCGCUCUCUCCCCAUCUUCAAGACUACUCUUGGGGACUUCACAGCCUUAGACCCCUCCGUGCACUGCAUCGCGCCACCCGUCGCCUUCUACCAACCAAAGGACGCCACGUGUCUGCAGGACAGGGAUACUCCCGAGGAGAAGGCCCUGCUGAGCUGCCUGGGAGUGAGGGUGAUCGACGAGGCGGACGUUCUUGCGAAAUUUGCACUGCCCGGAUUCGACGGGCAGAGCGAGGAGGAGAGGGAGAGGGUGCUACAGUACGUUGUGCAAAACUGGCAGCAGCUGAAGCAGAAACCAGCGGUAGUAGACGCUCUGAAAGAGACAAAGUUUGUGAUACCAGCACCCCCCACCGCUGCCUCCGCCGCGGACACUGCCUCUCUCCCCCCUUCAGACUCCUUCCCUGCUAUUGCCCUCUCUGUAGCUGUAGCCACCACAGCACCUCCUACCAUCUCCUCCUCCUCCUCCUCUUCCCAUCCGCCAACUAUCUCCCCUUCAAUUCCUUCUGCCCGAGUUCGGCCAUGCGAUCUUCUCGAUCCAGCCAAUGAUCUGCUCCGACAAGUUUUUGUGCACUGCCCGGAAAGGUUCCCGGGCGGGGCGUUUGAAACUUCUCGCUGGCUGCAGGUGCUGAGGGAUUGCGGCCUCCAAUCCGCCUUCACUCCCGAUCUCUUCCUCCAAUGCGCUUCCGCCGUGGAAGCGCGGUACCUCUCCUUCCUUGAAUCUUCCUCUGCUGCUGCUGCCGCUGCUGCUGCUGCAGCUGCAAGCUCCGCUGCAGGCACUGCAGGGGCCACUGCUGCUGCUGGUGCUGGUGCUGGUGGCUCUGCGGUAGAUUCUUUCCUGCUGUUUGGUGAGGAGGAUUCACCCCAGGAAGGCGAGGCAGGGGGCUUUGUGAGCGUGGAUCUGUUUUCUGGCCACGCUGGCCUUUCGGCUCCCGGAGCGCUGGGAGAAAGCGGAGGAGCAGGAGGAGCAGCAGGAGGAGGGGGAGGGGGAGGGUUUGCGUCAGCAGGGGGGCCGGUGGUGGGGGUGGAGGAGGGGCUGUGGGUGGUGGCAGGGCGGCUGACAGAGGCUCUCCUCGCCAAUGUGGCGGUGGUGUUUGGCAGCAGCGCCCUGGAGUCCCUGGGGCAGAUCAGGUUCAUUCCAGCGGAGCGGGGCAUUCCCACGGGGGGGGCGGCAGUGGACCGGCGGUGCCUUGCCAGCUAUGCUGACUGCGUGGCGCCCUCUGAUUGGCCGCUCGCUUGGACAGCCGUGCCCGUGCUGGCACGAGAGGCGUUCGUCCCGCCGCAGUUCACUUGGCUCAAGCUGGGGCUGAAGUCACCGCCCCCACUCACACUUGUUCUCACUCACUUAAAGGUCUUGGGUCGAGGAGGUGGGGAGGAGACCCUAGCCCGGUGGCCGAACGUGGUGGGGGGGAAGUCAGUGGAGGAAGCCUUUGAGCAGAUCUUCAGAUUCCUCUCCUCCAACUGGGGCUCCCUCGAUUCCCCCGACAUCCGCUCCUUAAAGCCCGUCUCACUCGUCCCAGUAGCCAACGGCACGCGCCUGGUCCCAGCCUCGGCUCUCUUCGCCAGGCUCGGCCCGGACCUCGCGCCGUACCUGUUCGAGCUGCCUCGGCGGUUCCUUCCAUUCUCUCAGUUACUAGUAGACCUUGGGAUGCACGAUUCGCCCUCGCCCUCCGCCCUCUCCUCAUUCCUCUCUGCCCUGCAUCGGUCCUCCGGGGGUCAGAGGCUUAACCCUAAUGAGCUUCGGGCUGUUUUGAACAUUCUGAGGCUGGUGUGUGAAGGGGAGGAGGGGAAGGGAGGAGGGGCAGGUGGAGGAGGGAGAGGAGGGAGAGGAGGGGGUGGGGGCUUCAUCUCUCCCUCUCUCCUCUCUCACGCCGUGAUUCCUGAUGAUUCCUGUCGGCUAGUCCCGGCGCACACAUGUGUGAUGGUCGAUCCUGCGGCUAUCUUCGUAGCCAAUGAAAUCGACCCGCGCUGCCUGCGCCUCGCGCACCCGCUCCUGCCGCCGAGCCACGCGACGAAGCUCGGCAUCCCGAGCCUGUCGCAAGUGAUUGAGCAAGAACUGGACCCGAGCCUGCCGAUGCAGCAAUUAGGUUCGGUGGGGGCAGUCUCCCUUGGGAAUGUCGCAGAGAGAAUCAGCAGCAAGGAGUUUGCUACUGCUGCUUGGUCUAUCUUGCACCAGUUUGCAGCAGCAGCAGCAGAAUCUACUCCCUCCUCCCUCUUCUCCUCUUCCUACUCCUCCUCUACCACUCAUGGCUCUUCACCCCUCUCCUCUUCCUCCUCCGCUCCCUUCUCUUUCCAAACAAGGGACCCCACUCCUCCCUCCUCCCGUGCCUCACCCUCCUUCUCCCCCGUCCAAUCUCGCGAUGACACGUGGCGCGCGCUGGCACGAGCAGCUCAGGGCCUGCGGUUCGUAUCCUCCCUCCACACGCGGUUUGUGAUCCUGCCGUCUCGUAAGGUGGUGCCACGUAGGACGCCACGCCAGCACCAUCAGAAUCAUCUUCCUGAUCCCGCGACUAGUUCAGAAACAGGUGGCUCGUCUCUAGGUGGCUCGACUAGUGAAAGUCAAGGAAUGCUCGGAGGAAAUAUUGGCUUAAGGGACAUAGGGUCUGUGGGUAGCGCUGUAGCUGCAGCAGUGGCAGCAGCAGCAGCUGCUGAAGCGAGACGAACAGACAAAGUCAGCAGCAGCAGCAGAGAAGGAGGGAGACCAACAGCAACCGGACCGGCAGGACUACCAGGAGCAGCAGCAGGAGCGAUCCAGGGAGAGCUUUUCUUUGUGGACGGGCGGCAAGGCCUGGUCUUUAUCUCAGCAGCAUCAGCUACAGUAGCUUCUCUCCCGCAUGUGCUAUCUGCUGCACUCAGCCAAUUUCUGGGCUCCCCAGUCUGCCUGCCCCUUGCUGCUCUCCUUGACUGUCCGCCGAACCUCCAACCGAGCCUCCGCCGAGCCUUGGCACUUGGUUCUCCUGCAGCCUUGGUCGCCGCUACGUCCGGCAGCUUUGGAUCAGGUUCGGAAGCAGAAGAGGAAGGCGAGGGACGUUUGAUUGCAGAGACAGCAAGCUCAGGCUCGGAACUUCAGGCUCGGUUGCCGAGCCUGGCAGCCCCGCCGAGCCUUUGGCAACAGCGGGUGGCAGCUGAAAGGGGAGGAAUGCCUGGGGAGGUUGUAGCAGCUGCUGACGUGGCACUGCUACAGUGCCACCCACUGAGGCCAUUCCAUGCUGGGGAGGUUGUAGCGUGGAGGGAAGAGAGGGGGGGAGGAGGAGGGGGGGUGCUAGCCGGCAGGUGGUUUGGGCAGGGGCAGAGGCAGGGGGAGGGGCAGGGGCGGGUGGAUGGGAAGGGAGGGGGAGGGGGAGGGGGAGGAGGAGGAAUGGGCAGAGUAGGAACAGCAGAAGCAGGAGCAGAAGGAGGAGGAGCAAUUGAUCUUACACCUGCUUCGUCUGGCUCCACUCUGCGCUACGGCCGGGUGGUGGCGGACGUGAGAGCGACAGCAGGCCAGGCACUCUGCCGCGUGCAGGUGGAGACCUUCCCCAACGAGGUCCGCCUGCUGCUCUCCUCCUCUAUCCUCUCUUUCAAGUCCUCCACCUCCUCCUCCGCUUCAGCUGCAGCCGCCGCAGCAACAGCAUCAGCAGAGCCUGUUCCAGCUGUCUCCUCCCCCCGCUCCUCCUCCACCCACCCCUCUGCUCUUCCUCCGUCUCCUGGUCUGGACGCUGCCAGCUCAGCAGCGGUGGCGGGAUUAGAGCCACCUGGCAUUGCCACAUCAGCGUCGUCGGCGGUCCCGGCUGGCGAGGUGGUGCGGGCGGUGAACGACAUGCUGGCAGCAGCAGGGAUCCCGUUGGGCGGCGGGCAGCAGCGGCUGCUGACUCAGCUGCUGACGAUGCAGGAGCAGGUGGCGGCCGUGGAGGCCGUUCUGGCACAGGAACAGGCUCGGGCGGAGCAGGCAGAGAGAGAAGCAGAGGCGGCCAAGGCGGCCUGGAACUGCCGAAUCUGCCUUGCUGCUGAUGUCAGCGCCGUGCUUGUGCCAUGCGGACACGUGCUGUGCGCCAGCUGUAUCGCCAGCGUGCACCGGUGCCCCUUCUGCCGCUCCCACGUGGCGCAGACCGUGCGCCUGUUCAGGCCAUAGGAUCUACGACGUUACUGUUAAUAAGGCUAGCUUUAUAGCGUGCGUGUCCCACGUUGCGAAAUAUAAAUGUACGAAUGGUUGCAACCUGUAUUGCCAGCAUGCACAGCUGGCACUUCUGCCGCUCUCGCAUGGUGCAGACCUUGCGCCUGUUAUGCCAUAGGAUCUACGACGCUACUGUUAAUUAGGCUAGCUUUAUAACGUGCGUGUUACUUCGGGGUGUAUAAAAUAUUCCUCGAGUCACAAACCCACUUCACCUGCA